GUUGUGUUUAUACUUUGUUUUAAUACCUCUGUGCCUUUGAAGUAAUGUUUGCAAAAGAAUAGCAAAAGGCGCCCAUUCGUUCGUGUGAUAUAAUUGUGUCCAACGUCCGGUCCGUCCGGUCCGUCCGGUGAUCUACAUUUUGCCGUUUGCCCUUUUGAGCGAGGCCCUUCGGGAUGGUCUUAAUCAUGCAUUACACUGCGAACAGCUCCAUCAACUUUCUGUAACCCGAACACCGUACGGACAAGUACGAUCAGCGACAAGUCAAUCCCCAUACCGCCGAGGCUCGCCGUGCGCUGAUGACCCCAACAAUCAACGGUUUUGUCUAUCAAUCGUAAAUAUCGUCGUAGCUGUUGCUGCCAAAUAGAAAAGAAGUGGUCCGGAACGAUGGCACAGUGCAAGAUCGAUUUCGGGGAGUGUCUUAAAGACUCGCCCAAGUUCAGGUUGCGACUUGAGCAGGAGGAGAGCGAGAUCGAGCACCUGGAGGUGCGGCUGGAGAAGAUCAUCAAAGCUUGCAGUGCGGCGGUGGACAGCGGCAAGGAGUACAUCCGCCAUCAGAGCACGUUCGCCACCUCGCUGUGGGAGCUGCAGCGGCACUUCCAGGACAGCAAGAACUCGACGAACGCGCUGGCCCAGCUCAUCCAGCUGCUGCAGGAGAUGAACAAGUUUCAUACGACGCUGCUCGAUCAGGCCAACCGGACUGUGCUGAAGGACCUCACCGGCUUCCUGAAGCGCGACAUCCGUGAGGUGAAAGAGUACCGGCAGAUCUUUGCCAAGGUGUCCGAGAACCUGGACGCGGCCGUGUACAAGAACUCGCAGGUCAGCCGCGGCCGCCCGGCGGACAUCGUCGAGGCGGAGAACCUGCUAUCGGCGACGAAGAGCUGCUUCAAUCACACGGCGCUCGACUACGUCAACUACAUCACGCUGUUGCAGAACCGCAAGCGCCACGAGAUACUGGCGACGCUUCUGAGCUACCUGCAGGCGUGCAGCACCUACUUCCACCAGGGCUCGGACCUGUGUGAGGACUAUGGCUCGUUCUUCAAGACGCUCGUCGACGAGAUCGGUCUCAUGCGCAGCGAGUACGGUGUGCUCGACAAGCACAUGCAAAACCGGCACAUGUGCGUCAACGACGCGGCCCGGACAGGCGACGGUGGUGACAAUCAUCCUUCCGACGGUGACCCCACGCUGGCCGGGAGUAGUUAUUCAGAGUCGGAAGGUGGCGUUGACGGUGGUGGUGGUGGUGGCAACCGGGGAAGUGGUAGCGCCAGUGGAAGCGAUCACCGCCAUCCGGGCUACAUGGAGGGCUACCUGUUCAAGCGCACCUCGAACGCGUUCAAAACCUGGAACAGGCGGUGGUUUUGCAUGCGCGAUAAUCAGCUGUUCUACCGGAAGCGCACCGGCGAGGAGCAGCCGACCGUGAUGGAGGAGGAUCUACGGCUCUGCACCGUGCGCCCGUUGGCCGACUCCGAUCGACGCUUCUGCUUUGAGGUGAUUUCACCGACCAAAUCGCACAUCCUGCAAGCCGACUCGGAGGCGAUGAUGAGCGCGUGGAUCAGGGCACUGCAGAAGGGCAUCGAUUCCGCCAUCCAGCACAACAGCCCGUACAGUAACGAUAUGCGAGGCCGGGCCGGCGUUAGUGGCGGUGGUGGCGGAGGGGCCGGCAGUGGCGGCGGAGCUGUCGGUGGAGGUGCGGGAGGAGCGGGCGGGGGUGCCCGAGGAGGAGGAGAGUACUCGCGCGGUUCGGCGGAUGGGGGCGGAGGAGAUGCGGGCGGACGCGACCGGGCAAGCCGUGGUUCCGAUGGCACCCGGAAAGGCUACAAGAAAAUCAACUGGACCCAGAUGCUGAAGAUCCCGGGCAACUCGCGGUGCGCGGACUGCGGCAACGCGGAUCCGCGCUGGGCCUCGAUCAAUCUCGGUAUCACGCUGUGCAUCGCGUGCUCAGGCGUGCAUCGGAGCCUGGGCGUGCACUACAGCAAGGUGCGCUCGCUGACGCUGGACGUGUGGGAGCCGGAGAUACUGCGCGUGAUGAUCGAGCUCGGCAACGACGUGAUCAACCGGGUGUACGAGGGGAAUACGGCGCGGCUGGCGCGGUUCGACCGCGCGACGGACAACUGCGAGAUCGCGGUGCGCGAGGCGUGGAUCCGGGCGAAGUACAUCGAGCGGCGGUUCGUGGUGCCGCUGGAGGGGCUCGGCGGGCUGCCAGUGGGCCUGCCGGACGACAGUAGCACCUCGUCGUCGACGCUGUCGUUCAAGAGCAUCGGCGCGGACAGCUCAAAGUUCCCGGAGAAGUGGAGCAUCAAGAAGCUGCGCCGUCGCAGCUACCGUCAGCUGCUUAGACGCCCGCACCGGGGCGUAGGUGUGGCCCCCAGCGGCACGACCGUUCCAGUCACCAACCUGGAUGACGAUGACGACGACGACGGCGACGAUGAGCGGGAGAAAGAAGCCGACAGCUGCGAGCGGCUGGAAGAUGAGGAUGAUGGAGAGCCGGGUGGGUCACGGGCCGUGCCGGACGCGGACGAGAAGGACGUGCGGGGCGAGCUGGUGCCGAAACAGUUCGCCGACAUCCUGCUGAUCGGUGACAGCAUCCUCACCAACGACCACCACCUGCCGGACGAGGACCUGUUGCUGCUGAACUCGGACCAAGAGUCGACCAGCGGCGAGGAGGACAACGCAAUCAUGGCGUGCGAGGAGCUCGAGCGUCUGUCGCCCAACUAUCUACUGUACAAGGCGGCCAGCGGCCACAACCUGCCGGUGAUGAGCCAGGCGCUCGCGCUCGGCGCCGACAAGAGCUGGGUGAACGCGGACGACGCCGACCGAACGCCGCUGCACGCCGCCGUCCUGUCCGGCUCGGUCAUGUCGUGCGAGUUCCUGCUGCUGAACGGCGCCUCCAUCAACGCGACCGACCGGCACGGCCGCACCGCGCUCCAUCUCGCCGCCGAGCAGGGUUCUGCCGCCCAGGCCUACCUGCUGCUCAAGCACAAGGCGCAGUACGACAUCGCCGACGUCGACGGGCGCCGGCCGAUCGACAUCGCGGUCGAGAAGGAGGACGCCGACAUCGUCACGCUGCUGCGGCUCACCCUGCUGAACGACGAGAUCGGCUCGGGCGAGGACGGUGACUCCUACACCGGCGGUGACUCCACCUACGUCGCCGUCAUGAACGAGUUUUCCCAUCUCGCCAGCAACCAACCGCAGCGCCUCCAACGCAAUCGUCAUCAGCAACAGCAGCAACAGCAGCAACAGCAACAGCAGCAACUGCGCCAGCAGCACGUCAACGCCGACAUCUCCUCCACCGUCACCGUUGCCGUCACCGAUCUCGAUGCACCGCUGACCGAACCAAACGAAAAAGCAUAGGUCACACACUCACACACAGCUACAGCCAACGGUGCCCUUGUUCGAGAUGUGCUUCCAGAUGUCCAUUUCCCAUCUCACCACCGAGCUGGUUUGCUUUCCAAAACCCUGUGCCCUAGGGGCGAUUCUCAAUCGCAACGCCCAAUGCUGAAUCUCUAUUGUGCAAAACGGGCUUUUUUCUUCAUCACUUUAUUCGGCUGUAGUUGUAAUUUUAUUACCGUUACUAAACUUCAUGCGCUAUUUUUCCGGCCCUCAUUUCCAUAAACAAUCUGAGUUCGUUGUUGAAUAGCAUUCAAAUGUUUCAUGUUUGUUUUCGCUUAAUAUGUUCUGCAAUGCAAACGCAGCAAAACAAACAAGAACAAGUAUGCGAAUCUCUCUACUACGAUCUUGUUCAACAACUGGCGCACGAUUCCUUUUUUUCUAGUUCCAAAAACGGUGGCUCCAAGAGCAUCGGCUUACAAAAAUACUAGGAUUAUUCCAUUCCUUUGGAGGAGUAGAUAGAGUAUCGAAAUUGCUGAAAAACAAAAGCUGAAAUAUUUUAUGAUUCUUACCAUUUGCUAAUCGAUUCUUCCAUCAUUUGUUUUACCUUUGCAGUUAUUUAUUCGGAGCAUUCCUCCAAUACUUUAGCUUGCCUUUUUUUGGUGAAAUAGUUUCACUGCAUAGUUUCUUCACACAUGUGGUUUUGUUUUAGAAAACAAAACAAUGAAAUCAUUCGAAAACACGUUUCUUACUGAUAGCUAUAGUUUCUUACGCUCACCAUUCGAUCCGCCACCGUUUCGCGACGCAAACAACAGCAGCCCUCCACCCCCCCCCCCCUCAAGCUCCGCCCAACCAAAGCCAACAUUGGGGACACGGAACGUUAAGCUGCUUGUUCCCGUCACGCAAAACAGAGGGUUCAACAUUCCGCAUUGCAAGCAAAGGAACAGUAUUGCCCGAUGUUUGCUGCCUUCGAUAAGCACAAGGCAGGACGCAAGUAUUCUCCAGAAGUUCUCGAAAUCUCCGCUUGCGCUUGGCCUUGCGGUUAGUUAGUUAGUGCCUCUUGUUCUUGAUCCUCCAAGAUGGCACCGUUCCAUCCCGUUUUCCUUGCUGACGGCUUCUAUCGGUUUAUUAAGAUAUAUUAUCGUAUAGCGUUUCGAUUUAUAGCUACCGCAUCACCAGCAACGCCUCGAGCAAAGGGAGUUGUAAUAUGAUAAUAAUAAUAAUAUUAUUGCACCUAAACCACUACCAACCUUACGAGCCAAAUAGGGAAAACACUUAUUGUUUAAGUUAAGCAUAUUAUUUGAAGGAAAACAAAACAAAACGAAACAGAAAAAAAACACAUACACACACACACAUGGAUAAUGUAUUUACUUGAAA